UAAUGAAGUCGCGUAUUGGCUCGCGCUCGCGUCAAUCCCGCUGCGCAACUUCAGUAGGCUGGCAGACUUCCUUCAAUAUUAUUUCUGGGGAGCAGGGUAAAAGUACUAAAAAUGUUGCCGCUCCACAACACUGGGACGGACUGAAUGGAGGCAACGCUGCCCGCGAGCGGAGAUUAAUAAACCACUCUGAGGUGCACGCGACACACACCGAGCGGCUUGUUGAGUUCUCCGUAAACGUCCAGCCCUCGGCCUCCCCAUGCCUCCAUCUCCUCUUGACGACAGAAUUGUGGUGGCGCUGCCAAGGCCGAUCCGACCUCAGGAACUCCAACUGCGCCUGGACACCAGCUACCUGGACUCCAUCUCCAGCAGCAACAGCGACACAGUCAUCAGCACCACCGUGGUGAAGAUUCGGGCGACGGCCAAUCUUGUGACGUAUAUGCCCUCAUCCAAGGGCUCCACGCGCUCGUUGUCGUGUGGAUGCAGCAGUGCCAGCUGCUGCUCUGUGACCACCUAUGAGAAGGACAGCCCGAGCCUCAGCCACAGCCAGGUGAGUGCCAGCAGCCCAAACCUCAGCUAUGCCGGCGCCCCCACCCCAAUGGUCAGCAACCAUGAAGCGUUAAGCGCCCCCAGUCUCGCCCCAGGCACUCCAAAGGCAUCCGUUAGGGUCAUCCACCCCAAUGAGCUGGCUAAACGGAUGACCUGUUGCCCCAUGGGACACCCCAUAGGACCCGUGCCGGUCAUUAUCGACUGCCGGCCCUUCAUGGAGUACAAUAAGAGACACAUUCGGGGGGCCGUGCACAUCAACUGCUCCGACAAGAUCAGCCGGCGGCGGCUGCAGCAAGGCAAGAUCACUGUGCUGGACCUCAUCUCCUGCCGUGAGGGCAAGGACUCUUAUAAGGGCAUCUUCUCCAAAGAGAUUGUGGUUUAUGAUGAGAGCACCACGGACCCCAACCGCCUCACAUUUUCUCAGCCGCUGCAUGUGAUUCUGGAGUCCCUGAGGAGGGAGGGCAAAGACCCCAUCAUCCUUAAAGGCGGCCUUAGCUGCUUCAGGCAGAGCCAUGAAAACCUGUGUGAGCACUCGCUGCACCUUCACGAGGGCUUGGACUCCGGUGCGGCUGCCGGCCUGUCAGGGACGCUACCUCACUCCCUGCCCUCCACCCCGGACAUAGAGAACGCAGACCUGACACCCAUCCUGCCCUUCCUUUAUCUGGGGAACGAGCACGACGCUCAGGACAUCAACAUGCUGCAGCGCUGCAACAUCGGCUACAUCCUCAAUGUGACCACCCACCUGCCGCUUUACCACUACGACACGGGCCUCUUCAUCUACAAGCGCCUCCCCGCCACAGACAGCAACAAGCAGAACCUGCGGCAGUACUUCGAGGAGGCGUUUGAAUUCAUCGAGGAAGCACAUCAAGCGGGUAUGGGCCUUCUGAUCCACUGCCAGGCGGGCGUGUCCCGAUCAGCCACCAUUGUGAUCGCUUACCUGAUGAAGCACACCUGGAUGACCAUGACGGACGCCUACAAGUUCGUCAAAACCAGGAGGCCGAUCAUCUCCCCAAACCUCAACUUCAUGGGCCAGCUGCUGGAGUUCGAGGAAGACCUCAACAACGGAAUAACGCCACGAAUCCUCACGCCAAAGCUGAUCGGUGUGGAAACAGUCGUCUAAAGUGAAACCCUUCAAAUCGACACUCACAUUUUGACUUACUCUCACUGCUUUUUUGAGAGAGGUUCGACUGCUCUUUUGAGCUGGUUUGGGCGUGAUGGAGAAUAUUCUUCUUGAAUCUCCUCGCGCUCAUCUUGGGCUCCCUGGAGAAGCAAAGCUCUGGGUCAGUGGUGAUAAGAAAUGCCAAAAAAAUCUCCGCUCUUUGGACCUGGCUGUAGUCCCGGAGGAGAGGAUGAGUUAGAGCGAUGGAGAGAGGGGAGGCGGUCAGUUGGAAGCUUUCCACUUGUGACCGCAGAGGGAAAGAAAAUUCAGUUUGGAAAAGAUACUCUAUGUGCUUAGAGGCAAUUACUGAGAGGAGAAACUCUUAAAGCUCACACUGUGGCACACUGUUUCUGUUUGCAGACUCAGGCGGGGUUGGCCAUGGCAGUGCCUGUCAAAAAAAAAAAAAAGAGAAAAAAGAAAAGAAAAGAUGAAGACAUGUUUGGUGUGUUUAUGUUGUUGUUCUAUUUUUAUACAGGGGUAUAUGGGGAUGACCAUGACAAGCCCGCUGCGGCUUACUGUGCAAUAAUUUGACUGAAAUGCAACUGAGACCUUGAUCUUAUGUGUAUAUAUCGGUAAUGAUUACAAAACAUUUCCAGCUUUUCGCUGAGAUGCCAUUCUGAUGUUAGCGUGAUACUGUUGUUCAGUUCUAUAUGUUCAUGUUAUGCUGUGUCAUACUUGGCACAGAUGUGUACAAGACAGAAAAAUAAUGGGGUUUCAUUUUUUUUUUUUUUUGAGUGCAGCUUUUUUGGCUUUGUGUCAGUCAGAAUCACACAUUUCAUAUUUUAUGUGUUUGCUCCGGUGUCUUUGUUUUGCCAUUCCUGCAUCAACAUAUACAUCAAUAUUAGCAAUAUACUGUAUGUGUGUAACGAGACAACCAUGAGCUUUCUUUCUUUUUUUUUUUUUUUUAUGCAUGGCUGCUAUCAGAGGAAAAAAACACGUUAAAAUAAUCAGUGAAUAUUAUAAAAACAGGGCUAAAGCUGAUUUUUGAUGUUGCUGAAUGGAGGAAUUUCACUGCCUGUUUGUUUUUUUUUGCAGCAUUUGUUCUUUUUGACCCAAUUCCCCCCCCCCCCCUCCAUUCAUCCACGACACAGCUUCAUUGUAAUGUACUUUGCUGUGUCCCUAUGUAGCUACAUGUUUGUAUCAAUGCCCUUCAUUUCCAGCUUUAAUUUAAUCCAUCAAAGGGUAGCAGAGUGGAGGUACAGACUUCAAACAUUCAGCUCGUCCCGUGCGUCACAGUGCAGUGUGACACAGGGUGGUACAGUAGAGCAGUGUGACCCCUUGUCUAAUCUUUUGCCAGUCCCUGUCGCUGACACUAAGCUACAGUUUAGUGAGCUCCUCUGCCUCGCUAAGGCAAGCGCUGCUGUCACGUGCUGCUCCAGUGCCUCUAUCAAUGCCUUAAUUCAUGUGUCACCACUGGGCCUGCGCAUGCUACAACAUCACGUGCAGACGGAUGCAGAAUGAGGUCAAAUUUUUAACUCCCAGACAGAAGCAACCUGCUCCUUUUGUUCCAGAUUUCACGUUUCAAAGACUAUUUCUGCUGUUUCCCGUUCACACGCAGACUUGCAGAAGAUUGCAUUCAGAGAGGCUAACAAGCUCUGAGGUGAAACACACUCAUUAUGUAACUCUGAUCUCGUGGUGGCAGGAAGGAGACUCCGAAUACCACCGUGAACUGUACAAUAACACUGCACUCAAUAGUAGUGUAAAGAGAGAAUAAAGAGUGUAUGUUUGUCCACACAGUUUCCCCUCAUCCUGUUGCAUCUGACUCACUUGACUCAUUACAACAAACACAUGUAGAUUGAUAUCAAGAGAAGACAUUUGCUUGUGCUGCUCAUUUACGCCUUCAUUCUCAUGGACUUCACUGAACUAAAUCUAAACUGAAACUAAAUCUAUUUUGCAUGGUCAUUUCACCUAAAACAUACAGAUGUGUGUGCUCUCCAGAAGCCUUAAAUCCAAUUAUUACUGUAGUUGUCCUUUUAGACAAAGUUGAAUGCACCGCACAUGCUCAAUUAGAUAAUUUUCCCAAUUCAUGAGCUGUCGUUUUAUUGUGGAAAAGCUAGCAUUCUACAGGAGCAUUUUUAAAAAAAAGCUCCAGCACUUUCCACUUAAAUCCUGCUUUACCCGAGUUUCUUAAUCAGGGUAGUAAAAAAAAAAAAAAAAUCUUUUACAGCUAGAUGGAUCUAGAGUUUUCUACCUUGACAGUAACUGGAAUAAUGUGAACUACAAAAAUAUAUACAAUUUAAUAAUAAUAAUAAUAAUAAUAAUAAAAGGUUUUUCAGCACCACUGUAGAUAAAUAUUGACAUCCUGUCUCCAUUUCAUUCCACUGAGAAAAAUUGAAGCCAAAAUAUCCCAGUAACGGGCGCUAUUUUGCGCUAGUGAUGUCAUUUGGAGCCAAGACUUGCGGAGAAAGGAUCUAGUGGAAUUGACACCAAGCUCCUUCUGCCGACCAAAGUGCACAUUUAACUUACCAAGAAAACCACAGAGUUACCUUGGGCCAGUAUCCAGUCCUCAGCAGCACAGAUAUGUGUCGGUUAUGAAGCAUAUAAAAUAAGCAUAAUGUGAACUAACUUUAAAGACAGAUUGAGACAAAUUGAUUUCACAUGUAUCCAAAUGGUUUGGCUUCACUUCUCUGGAGCUCUUGUGCUGUCCAUUCUUUAUACAGUUCUUGGCAGCAACCUAAACUUUACUUUUGCCCGCUGUGUUUCAACUCAGCAAAUGCAGAAACAAAGUGUCGUCGACUUUUACAAAAAAAAUAAUUCUCGAAGCAGCUUCAAGUGAAUUUUCACCGUUGGGAAAUACAUUUUACAAUUCUUUGGAAGCUCCGUAAUUGCUGAGUUAUUGUAGCCCACACAACACACACGUUACUUUUCAUUUGUGGAACCAAAGGACUGCUUGACUUUCAAACAUAUGCAGCCAUCCUUUAACUGGAGGUAGCAGCAUGACGUUCAGAUCUGAAAUGAGCAGAAACAUCUCUUCAUCCAGUAUUCUUUAAUUAUUUUGAUGCUAACUUUAAUUAGCUUCCUCACAAGUAACACUUCCUCUUCGGAUUAUCAAAGCUUCAUAUCAUCUGUUCAGUUCUCCAUUGUUUGCAUGAAAAAAAAAAGCAGAAAAGGAAGCACAGGGCUAAAAUCAUUAAAUGUCAAUGCUCCCAAAAAGAAAACCCUCUGAAUGCACCAUCUGUGAGCUGUCAUAUUCUACAGUUCAACGCGUGAGAAGGACGGAGGAUGUGACACGCUUUCAUAAAAUAAUGGAUCCAGAACUCAAAGGAAGGCUUUACAACACCAACAUUUAUGAUAAUAAGCUUUUGAAAAUCCCUCAUGUGAAGAUUCAUGCUAUGCAAAUAACAAUGAAACAGGUUGCAUCUUAAACAAACUGUCGUGAAACUGUUGGACGAGGCGUUUUUUGCAAACAUUUUGAGCAUGACUAACAGAUCGAACGGACAAAGACGUUAUAUAAAAACAAAAAAAAGUUUGUGGGGCAAAAAGUCCUCACUUGUUUGUUUUUUUUUGUUAGUGUCGUCAUUGGUGUCUACUGGUGCUCCACGAUAGAUUUUAAAUAUUAUCAAAAGGUAUAUUUAAAAAAAAAAGAAAAAGAAAAGAUUUACCACACGUUUGUAGCUUGUGCAUUUAUAUUUGCUAAAAGAAAUCAAGAGUGCUAACCAUUUGAGCCAAUGUUCCAAACAAAUGAUGUACCAUUUUCAUCCCAUCUGCUGGUUUCUAUUACAUCAGCAGCACAUUGCUUUUGUAUGUAUCUUAACAAUGUAAUAAUCGUAGUACUGUACAUUAUGCUCUCUGGUUGAAAAACGAAGCAUGCUGUGUGCUCCUGGCCCUCAAAGGGGAUGGGGGGGUGGUGGGGGGGGGAACUAUUGGCCAUUAUGGUGCUGUCUGUCUUUCCCACACUGCUCUUUCUGUAGAGGUCAUAGCCUAACCGACAGCUCCAACAGGCGUCCGUUCUGUAUUUGAACAUUAUCAAACUGUCAUAUUUGAUGUGCACUUUUUACAACCAGACUUGUUGAAGAGUCUCUGCUCUGAGACUCCGGUGAAAAUGGGCUUCGCUCUACAAGUCUCUGUAUCUUUCUCUGUGUCUGUAAUCAAAGUCAAGUAUAUAUACAGUAUAUAAAUAUAUAUAUCUAUUUUCUUUGUAUGCAUAUAUUCAUUACUAUUUUUGCACUGACCUACGGACAUAUGGAUUUAUUUUUCUUCCACAAAGGGUGCUAUAAUAACGGAGGCCUUCUCCCACACCUUUUUUGCAUGACUUGCUAAAAAGAAUUCCUCAACUGGUCUGUCAUCUCUCCUACUCUUCUCCUACUACUCCCCGAAACUGUUGCAAAUUGAAGCACUGUCAUUUUUGUAAUCCUCUACUUGUGAGCUUUGAAAUAAACAGGGAGGCUUCAAGUUUA